CGCUCGUUUGGUGCGACGUGGUGCGCGCAUCCUCGUCAACGCGGCGAGUUUCUCCCGAGUUUCCAAGUUGCAUUCGCGCAACGCCUCUCCGUGGUGGUGCAUCGCGCGACGAAUUUGCGCACCGUCGACUUAUGCGCCGCGGAAAAAAUGGCAGCUAAUGCUCUCGAAGAGAAGAUUAACAAGAUAAAGCAACAAAAUGAAGAAAUCAGGAGAAGAUAUGAGGAAGUGGAGGAAGAUAAGAAAAAUGCAGCUAAAUUGAAUGCACUAGUACAAAUGGUACCAUCUACAGAUUGGCCCGAGAGGAAGGAGCCACCAGAAUUUUCUAAUCCACCUCGAGCGAGCAAUAAACCGAAGCCUGUCAAAGAACAUCAUGAGCACAUUCAGCAAUAUCACGCAGCUAGUGGAGAAGGAAGGAAAGUUCACACUUUCGCUCAGGGACAAGGGCCUCCACCUGACCCUAAAUAUAAUUUCCUAGCCGAUUCCGAGAGAGAGGAAGGCAAUAUGGAGAGUAUAAAGGACAAUCCUCCAAAUAGAGGACAGAAACACCCAAGAGGCACAUUCAGGAGGAAACUUGGAGGAAAGGAUGGGAUGCAAAGAGAUUACAGAACGAACAGAGGACCGCACAGGGACGAGCAUCAGCCGGAAUACGAGGCUUGGAGAGCGGAGAGAAAUCGCAUCGACGAGGAUCGCAUCAGCAGGCAGAGAACGGCGGAGGGUAAUUGGCGCAGAGAAUGGGACAACGACAAAGCGCACAUCAUGAACGAGGUGACUAGAUCUGAGGCAAAAUUAGGGGAUUACGUGAAGAAGGAUCAUAAAGAUUACGAUAGAAGAUACCAUGUUAAUGGAAAUGAUUAUGCACACCAUAAUCGCGGUGGUAAUCAUCGUUCUUAUCGCGGGAAUUCGAAGCAUUUUCAUAGUAAUUAUGAAAAUCGCUCUAACAACGCGUACCAUCAGGAUGGACACACGAAGAAUCCUUUGUCACCCGGUUCUGAAGGUAGAACCGUUAUCGCUACCGACAAAGGCAUCAAGGUUACUCUGAAUCAAGGAAAUAUGACGAAAGGUCCAGUGACCAGUGUCAAAGUGAACUCGCCGAGUAUCGCUGGAACAGGUAGGGUAGGGCCGCGACAAAGGAGCCGCGUCACGUACAGCAGUCACUCGGACGUUGAGGUGACUUCCGGCGAAACCGACUGCUUUUCACGGCCGAAGUCCUUCGAGGACAAGCCGAAAGGUAUUUAUCACGAUAAUCUCCAAAGAUCCCCCAAUGCACGAAAAACGCAGCCAUUGCAGAGGAGAAAAGACAUUGGCAAUAAGUCGCCUUAUUUCCGCAAGAAAGAGAUCGGGAGGGAAGAUAUCAACGAAAAUGCGCAGAAACCGCACGAAGUGGAAUUGAGGCCAUCGCAGGCACCGGAAGAGUGUAAGGAUUCACGAGAACUUGAGUUCAAGCCUGAAAAGCUGGAAGAAGAAAAUAAUGCGGAAUCACCGAGAAAUGAUGAUACGGAUGUAAAGGAAAGCGCUGCUUCCAGUGAAUCUGGCGAGAAAGCCCGAGAAUUAAAUAAUUGUGAUAAUCAGAGCAAUGAUUUAAAUACACAAACGAAUGUCAGUGAAGUUUGCGCAGAGGUAAAAAGCGAAUCGACUUUGACAAAUUUGGAACCGGUGCCUGCGUCACAAGUUCAAAUGGAGAUCGAAGCUUCUGCCGUUGAAAAUGAAUCGAACGAGACGGAGAUUGUUCAAGCGGCUGCUUCGUCCGAGUGCAAAGUAGCUGAAACGGAUUCAACAUCAGCGACGAAAGAAGAUAACGAUAAUGAUAAGAAUGAAGAGAAGUUUACGGUAGACACACUGUGUGAUGUUAACAAUGAAUCUGAGAAAAUUACGAAGAAAAAUGAAGACUCGAAUUUGUCAAUGAAGCAAACUGAGGAGAUCGUGAGCGAUAACUGUGAUAGAAAGCGAAUUGAGAAUACGAACGAGCAAGAGAACGAUGUCAAACGUGAUGCGGAAAAUUCUCCAAACGAAAAAAAAGCUGAUAACGCAAUAAGCUCGUCUCCAACUGAUUUGUGUUCCGUGACGGGAAAAAACAAGUCGGAAUGUGAUGAUAAAGCUUUAAAAGAGGAAAAAGUUUUAAUAGACGAUAAAAUCGCUGCUCCCGACGAAAAAAUUAAUAUCAACGAUAAACAAGCUACAGAAAUGACACGUAUUAAUGAAACUCAAGAAUGCACAGUCGUUAAUAACAACGAGGAAGAAAAGAACGAUACUGCAAAUGACAAGACGGUGGAGUCUUCAGAAGGUGUUCUGCAAGUAGAAAAAGAGAAGGCACUUUCAAACGAAGUGGUCGAAGCUGAAAAAUAAUAGAAAAGAGAUAUGAGGUAAAGAGGAAAAAAUAUGUACGUAUGUAUGUAUAAAAAUGUUACAGACGUAACUACAAGUUACCGAUAACGUGAUAAGAGACGAAGCUUUUAUAAUUAUACUUGUUGAAACGUGAUAUAUCUCAAAAGUCAAUUUUUAUGGCAAUAUACGAGUUAAAUAUGGAGUUAUUCGAAUAAUAGUUCGGGAGAAAGCGAGUUUUUAUUGUCGAGACAAGACACACAUCCGAGUAUCGCGUGGACGAUUAUCAUCAGCAUAGCCGAGUUAUAUAACACCGCGACUUUUUUUUUAUUUCAGAAUUUUAUAGCCUGUUGUAUAAUAUCUAUUCCGUUUAUAUAAUUUUAUUUCCGAUUCUCAUUGGAUGCUGAGAAUCCGGAUAAUAUAAUGCUUUAUGUAUGUAUUACACAUACUAUAGAUUAUUUUAUGUUAACAGAAAGCACGGCGUUCGUCGAAGUGCAUGUUACUCUCUAUGACAUUUCUGAAUCAUUUCACGUGAAAAGCGUGACUGAAAAUAGAACUCUGUUCGUGCAUGACAAUCAAGAAAUAUUUUUUUAUAAUUGGCCUGAGAACAAUCAACGGCAGUGUUUAAGAUUAGCGAAAACUGUGAAAUCAUGUGCGACGAAAUAUUUAACGAGCAAUGUUGAUUUUAUAUGCAUAAAAAAGUAUAGACGUGUAUAAUAUAUCCGAGCAAAGGUAACUUCUGCCAAUUGGAAAUGUUGUUCGACUUCAUAGUUUAUACAUAUUUAUUUAUAUUUUAUUGCUUGAUAAUAUUUAUAUUUUUUACUUAUUUCUUUUUUUUUCGUUGCUCUUAAGAUUCGUUGGAAGGUAAUUAUUACAAAAUCCACGAAAGCCCAUGCGACUCAAAUCGUCGUUGAAUUGAACUCCAAAUUGUGUACCUCUUCAAGAGAACAAAAUCAUAUAGAGAAUACGCACACAUAUUCGAUUAUUAAUUUUUUUUAUAAUUCAUAUAUACCAUAUUAGAGAAAUAUCUAAACUAGUAGCCGAAGCCGGUCGUCAAGAACGACAGUAGUAUAGCUGAGAAGAGCUCUUCUCUCAGAGCUGAGCCUGUUACUCUCGUUUUCUUUCUUAAUCAUUGAAGAGGAAAGGCGUAACGUUGCCAUAUCCAGUACUGAGAAAUUUGAAGCCUCCAUAAUUUUUGUUAUUUUCAGCCAUAGCCUUUUGCAUUUCUAAGGAUACUUUAAUGUGAGAAAAAGUGGCAAUAAAGUAUUGUUAACGAAU